GCCGGCGGGAUGCAGAACGGACUAAAAAGGAUUUCAAAGUCCUCUUCAGUCUACUGAAAGAGGUGUGCCAUUCAGUGUUCGAGUAGGAAGAUGUCAGCGGUCAUAGUCGUGCACGGCGGAGCGUGGGCCAUUCCCGAUGACCUCGCCAAGGUGAAAAUGGAUGGAGUGAAGGCAGCAGCACGUCAAGGCUUUGCUGUGCUGCAAAAAGCAGGCAGCGCCCUGGAUGCUGUCGAGUUGGCCGUGCGGGCCUUGGAAGAUAACCAUGUGUUUAAUGCAGGUCACGGAGCAGCUUUGAACACAAACGGAGAAGUGGAGCUGGACGCCAUCAUCAUGGAUGGAAAGACGUUGGCUUGCGGUGCUGUGUCAUCAGUGAAGAACAUCGCCAACCCUGUUACUUUGGCACGCGCAGUAAUGGAGAAGACUGACCACGUCAUGUUGACCGACAGCGGCGCAAACCUGUUCGCAGAGAGCAUCGGCAUGGCCACGGUUCCCACUGAUACGUUGGUGUCCAAUUACGAGAGAAAAGAAUGGGAGAAGCACAAGAAAUAUGUGACAGGCGUAAUGGAAAGCUUCAACUCUCGCUGGGCCCAUGAUACUGUGGGUGCUGUUGCUGUGGACUGCUCUGGAAAUGUGGCCUGUGCCACAUCCACUGGAGGAAUCCGAAAUAAAAUGGUCGGCAGAGUUGGCGACUCCCCCGUCAUCGGCUGUGGCGGAUAUGCAGACAACUCGAGUGGUGCAGUGUCUUGUACCGGCCAUGGAGAGUCUAUCCUGAGAGUGACACUGGCCAAACGCAUCCUUUCUCUCAUUGAACAAGGUAAAUCCGUGGCCCAGGCGUGUGACAUGUCACUGCAGUACAUGGGAGAGCGCGUGCGUGGCGCUGGCGGGGUCAUCGUUGUUUCUCCAACGGGUCAGUGGGCAUCAGCGUUUACCACAGAGCGAAUGGCUUGGGCUGCUGUGGAUAAUAAUGUUCUGUACUAUGGAUUAGAACCCAAUGAAAAACUGAAAGAAUAACACUUUUUUACUUU